GCUGGUAGCACGGCCAACAUAAACCAUCGCAAAGACCAAUCUUAUACCGAUCUAUUAGCAAAUCCGAUGACAUUUUGGAAAAGGAAGAAGGCUGUUGGUGAGGGUGGGAGUAACACGGGAAGCCUCUUAGACGAACCACUAUCACCCUCCCCCAACCUCCCACCACCAGUCUCACAUAAAUCACCUUCAGCAUCAACAUCAUCCCGUCCAUCCUCCUCACACCCUGGCUCGGGAUCACCAACAUCAGUUUCGGCAUCCUCGCCGCGUCCGAGUAUUUCGUCACAGAUUUUCGAAAGGAAUGUGAUUGAGGAUGUUCCGAGCUUAAAUGUUGCGGCUGCGUUACCGCACCAGCAAAUCGAGGAUCACGUCCCAGCCGUCCUCGACGCGAGCGCAGAAAUGCUCAUGGGUGGCACGGGCGGUGGGUCAGAUCCAAGUGGAGGAAGAGGCAGUGGUGAGGGAAGGGGUCUUGACGUGGAGGAAGUCGAAAUCGUCGCGAUGGCACCCCCAUCUGCCAUGGAAAACCCCUGGUCAUCCGAAUCCCUCUCGGGCCCGGGUUCUGGAUCUGCGUCUCCCUCGUUCCGGGCACUGAGCCCGGUGAGCAACGACUCCCGUCUCCGCGCUGGGAGUAUUGGCGGAAUGGCGGAUUCAGGGGUCGUCGAGAGCGAGAUGUUCGACCCUGACCCACAUAACAAACGCUUAUCUUUCGUUUCAUAUGCGGAUAUUAUUGAUGCGGAAGGCGAAGCAGUGGGGUCGCUGCCGCUAUCGUCGAACCCGUCUCUCAGUGCGCACGUUAGUCCGGUGUUGAGUGCGGUUAGUGAGAGUGAUGAGCUGGGAACAGAGAAAGGCGGUAUGGGGGGAGGAGGAGGGAUUGUGACGUUUAGUAUGGGGGAUGCGUUGAGGGCUGUUGGCACGGGCAAUCCGGUGCCGGUUCAUAUGGAGGAGAAUCCGUGGGCGGCGUAAAGUUAC